AUGCUCGCCCUCCUCCUCCUCCUCGCUGGGUCGAGUGCGGCGUUGGCAUCCCCCGCUUCUCAACACUUGCCACCGACGUCCUCUGAGACUGGGGACGACGCGCCCAGCAGUGCCGACUCUAGUGACGGCGCCAGCGGCCACCAAUCGAUGAUGAACGGCCUUGGCGCGUUCACCUGCGCGCUCAGCAUCACGGCCAUCCUCGUCCUCGCCGCCGGGUACAUGUACGUCCAGUGGCGCCGCCAGCGCAGGUUACCGUGGUACCACCCCCUCUCGCGCGCCGCCGCGGCUGCGGCCGCCAACAACCACAACGCGCGCACCCAGCAUCGCAGCUCCAAGUCGGGGAGCUGGCACGGCGGCGCCAGUCGAGCCAGCACCGAUCUCGCCGGCGGCAAGUACCAGACCAUCGACUUUGACGCGCUCGCGUUCCGCCAGCCCAAGAAUGCGACGAUGGCAUCAGUAGCCAACGGCGCCGGCGCCGUCGCGCGUUCAGGACCAGGACCAGCGGGACCGGUGGCGUCGUUUGUCGCCCGCGCAAUGCCUGGUCAGGACGAGCGGUUGCUGGGAUACAGCCUGGGGCCUGCGUGGUCCGAGGAUGACGGCGAGGACGAGGACGACGAGGACGACAAGGACGAGAAUAACACCGGCCACGGUGCCGGCCGCAGCCGCAGCCGCGACACGGCGCAGCACGCUGCCGAGAAGGGCACACACGCCUAG